GCUCAAAAACUGCCGUAGUAAAGAACAUAUUAUGUAUACUUGAUCCAUGUAUUUUAAUACGAUUUACGGAAUCAUCGAAACGUUUGCGUUUUGCGUUUGUUUUACACGUUAAUGUGUAGUUGCGUUCUUUGUAGUGGCGGCCUAUUAUUAUAGGCAUGAUCAUAAAUACAAUUUAUUAUGAUCUAUUGAGUUCUAUGAAUUGUUAUAAUGUAAUUGUUAUCUAUAAUUAAACAGUGUCAUACUGCAAUAUUAUAUGAAAAUAAGUAAAAACUUAAUACAUUUUAAACUUUGAUUUUUAUUAAUAAAAUUUUUGUUUCGAAAUAUUAUUUUAACAUCUAAGGUAUUGUAAGGUGGUGAAUAGUCUAUCUAAUAAAUGUUACGUUUUACGGAAUAACGUAUUGGACUGUAUAGUAAAUAUAAUAAGAGGGUGGUUGUAACAUACAUAUUUUGAAGGUGAUUUGUAAUUCAAAAGUCGACAAUAUUGGCGUUAUAUAUUAUGGAGUCGGAACAUCAACCAAAGUUAAGUCCAAUAAGAGCUUUUCAAGUUCUUCAUGGGAAUAGUAUGGAACCAGAAGAUGCGUACACAAGCCUUUCAGAGUAUCAUGAUUAUGAACCGAGGUUAGAAUUUGAUGAUUCAGAACUGAUACAAGCUAGUGGUUUAGCUCCUUUGCCACCUGAAUUGCUCGAUAUUUCUGAGGAUCUUCUGAAUCGUUCCGCUAGUGAUGGCACCAUAGAAGAAAAUUUCGAGGAGGAGCUUGCUAAAGCUCCCGAAGUAUAUGCCGAGAUUGCAAAUUCUUCACUUGAUGAUGACAACUUCUCUGAACUUGCGGGGACUGGCUUGGUAGAGGUAGUGGGCGACGACGAGAUUGGUCGGCGGAUCAUUGUAGUGUCGGCUUGCCGUCUUCCGCCAAGUAAGGAUCUUCAUCCAGACAAACUUUUAAGAUAUCUCAUGUUUACUUUAGACAAAUAUGUGGAACAAGAUUACAGUGUCGUUUACUUUCAUUAUGGUUUGACUAGUAAGAACAAACCGCCGCUCUCUUGGUUAUGGAAAGCUUAUAAAGCUUUCGAUAGAAAGUAUAAAAAGAAUCUCAAGGCGCUCUAUUUGGUACACCCGACAAACUUUAUUCGUAUCGUCUGGCAAAUGCUCAGGCCCGCUAUAAGCGUAAAGUUUGGAAGGAAAAUGAUGUACGUUAACUACUUGCACGAAUUGCAGCAAUACUUGGAUCUAGACAAAUUAUGUAUACCGAAACCUGUUCUCGAGUACGACAAAUUGUUAUUGAACAAAAAUCCUCGCGCUGCAGAGGUGGCAAGACAACAAGCCGAGAAGUUAGAGACAACGCCCGACGAGAGUGACGCGAAGACCGUUCAAAAAGAGAGUCUCUCUCCACCGCCAACGCAACAGUUUGGCGUUUCAUUGCAAUUUAUAAAAGAAAAUAAUACGAACAUGAUCGAUUCUAUACCGCCGGUGGUCAGGCAGUGCGUUGAAUUUCUUUCACAGCCCGACGCGCUGGAAACAGAGGGUUUAUUCCGAAGAUCAGCUAACAUAUCGGUUAUAAAAGAGUUGCAGCGAGCCUGCAAUAGGGGCGAGCCGAUAUCUUUUAGGAACGAUCCCCACAACGCUGCAGUACUUCUGAAAACUUUCCUUCGAGACCUUGAAGAGCCCCUGUUGACCUUCGAUCUCCAUGACGAAAUAUUGAAGUUUCAAACUUGGCCGAACAGAGAAAAACCACGUCAAGUGAAGAUAUUAAUCCUGGAGCGGCUGCCACUAGACAACUACAAACUUCUUAAAUACAUCUUUCAAUUUUUAUGGAAGGUUCAAGACAGGAGCUGCCUCAACAAAAUGACCAGCGGUAAUCUAGCGGUUGUUUUCGGGCCCAAUCUGUCGUGGCCACCCAAUGGUUCUAUGUCUCUUCAAUCCAUCGCGCCCAUCAACGCUUUCACUGAUUUUCUCCUCGAAAACCAAAAAUCGAUAUUUAUAAUCUAGAUUAUAAAUCUGCCACAGACUAUAAAAGUCAAUUAGGUUUAGGCAUAAAACCGUUCAAAUUUAGAACUUGGGAUUUAUGUUGUCGAAUGCCAAAUAGAUUUCAUACUUUUUAUAAAUUUUCACCUGAGAUUAGUUCAAAUAUUUUAUAUGUAUUUUCAUGUCUCUUACGAUGUUCAAGAGUGAAUCAAAGUAGGUUACAAUGAAAAAGAGGAAAGAAAUCAAUUGAUCAAAAACCGGAUAAGCUUCGUUUAGCAAGAGCGUUUCCACUCUGAGCUAAUAAAUAAGUUAAUCUAUGAAUAGUUGUCUUUUUAUUAGUUUUGCUUGCAUUUUUGUGGCAACUUUCGGAGGUAUUUAGAUAGAAAAACUUAAUAAAAAUAUUUCUUUUUUUAUAAA